AUGUCAGAAGAUGUCUUCACCGACCGCGGUGGGACACGCUGGUAUUUGGUAUUGGUACGCUCUCUACUUCAGAUGUGGUCCCGGCUCAAAAUGAAAGCUUUGUGGUUCUACAGCCAGUGUGUCUCUCUAUACACAAAGCAAGAGCUUUUUGGGCCAAUCGACAUCCUCUCGGCGUUCAGUGGCAUGUGCAAGCUCAUGGAGUACACCACGCACUCGCCGUUCAUCUUCGGUCUUCCUACUAAGCCCAGGCGCUCGGGUGAUCCAAAUUACAAGGAUAUGAAACUUGCCAGCUGGUCAUGGCGCAGCUGGGAGAACCACCGGAUUGGCUACUUUCCUGACCUGGUCGAUGGUUGUCUUCCUGAUGUCGGUGUCUGGCUCCUGGACCACACGUGGAUCGGCUGGCACAUAAGGAGUGGCCAUGGAGCCCUUCGGCUUGUCUGGGACAAAGAUCUGGCUGAAGGAGACGAAAGUACGAACAUAACGUGGAGGGGUUACAGGGUUACCGACAGCAAGGCGUUGACGGACGAUUCUUGCGACACGUCGCAGGUUAUGCCACCCUCCGAGAACGUCAGGCAUCGUCAGACAUCGGCAGAUAAUCACCACAGUGGCGAGAGAGUCAGCCAAUACUAUUCCAGCUUCAAUCACUCUGCAGACAAGCCAGAAUGCGAUCAUUAUGGCCGCCUACCUGGCGCCAGGGGGAUCUCUGCCAGCCAGGGCAGACCGAAGGAGGAUUUCACCUUGACUCUGCCGGAAGAUCCUUACCACGUCUGCAAGGCCUCCGAGAGAUACAUGACGGUCUCUCAUCGAAUCACGUUGAUAACGGCGACCUCGGAGUGCUGGUCCGUCGUCGUCGACGAAAAGUGGCUCGAAAGGCAUCAGAAGAGCGAGAACGUCGAGAACGGCGUGCAAAAUGCCUUAGAAGAAGGGCCUAACCAGACGAAAUCCGAGUUCAUUGCCAUUUCCGAGACCAAGGCUUUUACUAAGGAUGAGUUUCCAGACUGGACGUGCUACAUCCCCAAGGAGAGGGUCGAAUCGGAGUGGGAGCUGUUUUUGUGCUCCCGGUUGAGUACUUUCCCAAGGAAGGCUUUUAUCGCCGUGUAG